CCUAACAGUGAAAGCUAUUUGCACGAUGACGACUGUAGCUGUAAACGACGGCCUGGAUUUCUGGACUGCAUGGUGGAAGGAAGGUAGUCCCACUUGGCAACGUCCUGGCGUUUGUAGGCGCUUGGCUGCGAACAAGGACGUGAUCCUCGCUGGAAAGACGAAUGCCCAAGUUUUCAUUCCACUAUGCGGAAAAGCUCACGAACUAAAAUGGUUUCGUGACAUGGGCCACCGUGUUGUCGGCGUUGAGUUCGUAGAAGAGUGCGUGCACGAGUACUUUCAUGAGAAUGAUCUCCAAGUUGUGGAGUCCGUCUGUCCUGUGAUCAAGUGCAAGAUUCUUCAGACGCCUGACAAGACAAUCAGAAUAUUCAUUUGUAAUAUUUUUGACUUCAAAAGCGAGUGUGCCGGACCCAUGGAGAUUAUCUGGGACAGAUCUGGUUUUACAUGUGUGUUGCAAGAGGACCGGCCAAGGUACGUGACCUUGAUGAAGUCUCUCCUCGCUAAAGAUUUCUCCUAUGGCCUCUGGGGAGUCCAUUACAAUGCACCUUGGUAUACACGCUCUCCUCGUAGCGUCGAUGCAGCGACUAUAAAAAAGCUAUACGAAGACGUUGCUAAGAUUACACUGUUGGACAGCAAGACCAACGAAAGUCCGCGUUUCUUGGAUGGCCGUGCCUCAGCAACUACAUUCCUGUGGCACAUGACACCAGCCAACUGACUGACGACGCAGAAAUGACCGCUCUAUUGGGAGAAAAUAAAG